GAUCCCUCCAGGUCCGCCUCCGUGGUGAGGAGGAGGAGGAGGAGGAGGAGGAGGCGGAGGUGGAGGGAGAGGGAGGAGGAGGAGGCCCCGUCGCGGCCUUCGCCGCCGCCAACGGGGCUGUCCCUGUAGCUCCCGAUGGAGUUUGAGGUCGUGAAACCUCCGCCGAGCUCUGCCCCGGCGAGACGAGGCGCCUCCGUCGCCAAGCCGCGCCGUCGCGGGGCUCCCGGGAGCGGCCCUUAGCGACCCCGCCCGGGCCCCCUCAGCUUACAAAACACUACACAGCAAAAUAAUGAUCUGCUAGACUGCUAACCCGAGCAUCCAGCUUCCACAAUGCCUGUGCAGGCAGCUCAAUGGACAGAAUUUCUGUCCUGUCCAAUCUGCUAUAAUGAAUUUGAUGAGAAUGUGCACAAACCCAUCAGUUUAGGUUGUUCACACACUGUUUGCAAGACCUGCUUGAAUAAACUUCAUCGAAAAGCUUGUCCUUUUGACCAGACUGCCAUCAACACAGAUAUUGAUGUACUUCCUGUCAACUUCGCACUUCUCCAGUUAGUUGGAGCCCAGGUACCAGAUCAUCAGUCAAUUAAGUUAAGUAAUCUAGGUGAGAAUAAACACUAUGAGGUUGCAAAGAAAUGCGUUGAGGAUUUGGCACUCUACUUAAAACCACUAAGUGGAGGUAAAGGUGUAGCUAGCUUGAACCAGAGUGCACUGAGCCGUCCAAUGCAAAGGAAACUGGUGACACUUGUAAACUGUCAACUGGUGGAGGAAGAAGGUCGUGUAAGAGCCAUGCGAGCAGCUCGGUCCCUUGGAGAAAGAACUGUAACAGAACUGAUAUUACAGCACCAGAACCCUCAGCAGUUGUCUGCCAAUCUAUGGGCCGCUGUCAGGGCUCGAGGAUGCCAGUUUUUAGGGCCAGCUAUGCAAGAAGAGGCCUUGAAGCUGGUGUUACUGGCAUUAGAAGAUGGUUCUGCCCUCUCAAGGAAAGUUCUGGUACUUUUUGUUGUGCAGAGACUAGAACCAAGAUUUCCUCAGGCAUCAAAAACAAGUAUUGGUCAUGUUGUGCAACUACUGUAUCGAGCUUCUUGUUUUAAGGUUACCAAAAGAGAUGAAGACUCUUCCCUAAUGCAGCUGAAGGAAGAAUUUCGGAGUUAUGAAGCAUUACGCAGAGAACAUGAUGCCCAAAUUGUUCAUAUUGCUAUGGAAGCAGGACUCCGUAUUUCACCUGAGCAGUGGUCCUCUCUUUUGUAUGGUGAUUUGGCUCAUAAAUCACACAUGCAGUCUAUCAUUGAUAAGCUACAGUCUCCAGAGUCAUUUGCAAAGAGUGUCCAGGAAUUGACAAUUGUUUUGCAACGAACAGGUGACCCAGCUAACUUAAAUAGACUGAGGCCUCAUUUAGAGCUUCUUGCAAACAUAGACCCUAAUCCAGAUGCUGUUUCACCAACUUGGGAGCAGCUAGAAAAUGCAAUGGUAGCUGUUAAAACAGUAGUUCAUGGCCUUGUGGACUUCAUACAGAAUUAUAGUAGAAAAGGCCAUGAGACCCCUCAGCCUCAGCCAAACAGCAAAUACAAGACUAGCAUGUGCCGAGAUUUGCGACAGCAAGGGGGUUGUCCACGAGGAACAAAUUGUACAUUUGCCCAUUCUCAGGAAGAGCUUGAAAAGUGUAACCCCCAUGGACUAUAUCUUCAUUGUUGUCUCCUUUCCUCAGUGGCUAGCCUGGGCACUGUACAUAAUGAGCUCUACAAGCAGCAGCAGUGUGAUAGAAGAUAAGUGUGUGUGCAGUGAAAAGAGCAGAAACAUGCUUCUCUUCUCAGUUUUCUUCCCACUUGAAGAGCCUAGAGAAGAGGAUACAGGAGUCCUAAGGAAAAAAGAUGCUGUUUGCACCCAGUCGAACUAGUUCUAUAUACAGAAUUUCACAUCAAGAUAAUUUGGGAGACUCCAGGAAAUAUAUUCAGCUUGUCUGUACCUGAAAUAGAGCUUUUUAGCUAAAAGGGGAGCUUUUGAGACAGACUAAAAAAGUCAGAGAAGAAACUGUGGUUUCAUUGCCAUUCCACCCUCAGUUAGUGCCCAGGCUGAAAAUCCAUUUUCUUCUCUCUCAUACCUUCAAACAGACUUCACAUUCUUCAUCUGCAGUACCUAGUUCAGAACUUUAUUAUCUUUUGCCAGACUUGUAAUAGCAGCAGUAAAAAUAAUAAUAGCCAAACUAGGUGUGGUGGCUCAUGCCUGUAUUCCCAGCAGUUUGGGAGGCAAAGGCAGGAGGAUACCUUGAGUCCAGGAGUUUGAGACCAGCCUGGGCAACAUAGUGAGACCUCACCUCUACAAAAAUAAUAAACAAAAUUGGCUGAGCAUAGUGGCAUACGCCUGUCAUCUUAGCUACUCAGGAGGCUGAGGUGGGAGGAUCGCUUGAACUCGGGAGGUCAAGUUUGCCAUGAACUGAGAUUAUACCACUGUAUUCCAACCUGGGCAACAGAGCAAGACUGUCUCAAAAAUAUAAAUAAAAAAUAAUAAAAUAAUAAAUAUAUAAAAUAUCACUCAUUCAAAAAUAAUAAUGGCAAAAUUAUUGGUCACAUUUUUAGUGUUUCACAUGGUAAUCCAGUUGGUUUUACUGCUUCAGUGGCUUUUUAUCCAGUAUCUUCCUAUAUCUCAACCUGUCUUUUCCAUUUCCACUAUUUUCUUUUUAAAAUGUGUGUCUCCUUUAAAUUCUUAAUUAGUUCCUCAGUACAUCACAGAAUCUCAUCCUGAUUUUAUCCUCUAGCUCUACUCCGCCAUUUGUAUACUUUGUUUUUAAGGUAUAUUCAAUUAAUCACUGUUGAUUACUAUAUAAAUUUCUUUUACUCUUCUUUUCACUUGUCUAUAUUGUUUAUUCCAUAUUGUAUUUUUUCUCUCUUCAUCUGGAGAGCUAUUUCUAAUCAUACUCAGAUAUUACCUUCCCUCCGCAGACUUCCCUAGGCAGUGUUAAUUGCAUCCUUCACAGUGCUGCCAUAGCACUCCAUACAUAGUAGUUUAAAAAUUAUGGUAUAGUUAGCUGGGUGUGGUGGCAGGCACCUGUAAUCCCAGCUGCUUGGGAGGCUGAGGCAGGAGAAUGGCUUGAACUUGGGAGGCAGAGGUUGCGGUGAGCCAAGAUCGCACCACUGUACCCCUGUGUGGAUGACAGAGCAAGAUUCUGUCUCAAAAAAAUAAAAAUAAAUAAAUAUUAUGGUAUAGUUAUAAAACUACAGUAUUAUAAUUGUUUAUUUACAUGUGUGUUUUCACUGGACUUCAUUUAUCUCACGGGUUAUUAAUCUUUUUUUUUUUUUUUUUUUUUGAGACAGAGCCUCACUCUGUAGUGCAGUGGUAUGAUCUUGGCUCACUGCAACUUGCACUUCCCGGGCUCAGGCGAUUCUCCCACCUCAGCCUCUCGAGUAGCUGGGACCACAGACACACGCCACCAUGCCUGGCUAAAUUUUUUUUGUAUUUUUUGUAGAGAUGGAGAUUCACCAUGUUGCCCAGGCUGGUCUCGAACUCCUGAGCUCAAACAAUCUGCCCACCUCAGCCUCCCAAAGUGCUAGGAUUACAGGCGUGAGCCAUGGCGCCUGGCAAGGGUUAUUCAUCUUUAUAUUUCCUGCAUCUAGAAAAUACCUGAUACAUAAACUCAGUAUAUUUAUGUGGAGGAGCAAAUAAUACACAGUUCUUACUUCUUAUUUCCAGCCAGCUUCACACUCUAUUGCUGUUUAAAUAAACAGGGAUAAUACAAAGGAUUAGAAAAGUAGGUGAUGUGACUGUCCUUUCAGUUUAAAAAAUACAUAUUGCUACCUCACUCUGAGCUUUUCGAGGAUAGGCUGUUUGUCUUAGUUCACAUAACACCAGAAAUUCAGCAAAUGUUUGUUCAACUUAAAUAAAUUAAUUUUACCUAUAUUUUCUUUCUCUAUUAUACACCCCUCUAACCAAACAAAAUGUGGAUGCCCAAUAAUCCCUUCUUAAACUACGUAUUUAUCAUAUGUAAACAUAAAUAUGUAGAAUAAAUAUUAUGUAGAUAUGUGGAUAUGUUUUAGAACUAGGAUGUUGGGGUUAUGUUCCUAAGAAUUGCUACAUUCUGGGGAGUGUCAAAAGCGAGGGAUCAACCAACUCAACAAAUAGUGGCCAGGAGCAGUGGCUCAUGCCGGUAAUCCCAGCACUUCGGGAGGCCAAGGCUGGUGGAUCACUUGAGGUCAGGAGCUUGAGACCAGCCUGGCCAGCAUGGGGGAAACCCUGUCUCUACUAACAAUACAGAAAUUAGCCAGGCAUGGUGGUGCACGCCUGUAAUCCCAGCUACUGGGGAGGCUGAGGCACGAGAAUUGCGUGAACCUGGGAGGUGGAGGUUGCAGUGAGCACCACUGCACUCCAACCUGGGUGACAGAGUGAGACUUUCUCUCAAAAAAAACUAUUGAAGAUGUUUCUAAUGGAAAAAGAGGAACAGUAAACAUGUAAAUAAGCAAUUUUGGCCAUAGCAAAGAAUUUGGAUUUUAUUCUGGUUGCAAUAAGAAGUCAUUUUAGAGUUUUAUUUAAAUGGAAUGAUGAGAUUUUCAUUUUGUCUUAGACAUAUCACUCUGGUGUCUGCAUGGAGACAAGAAGUUAAACUUCUAUAGUGGUCCACAGGUGGGAGUUUGGUAGCUCGGGUAGGGCUAUAGCAAUGGAAAUGAUGAAAAGUAAGCCGGGCGUGGUGGCUCAUGCCUGUAAUCCCAGCACUUUGGGAGGCUGAGGCGGGUGGAUCACCAGGUCAGGAGAUCGAGACCAUCCUGGCUAACAUGGUGAAACCCCGUCUCUACUAAAAAUACAAAAAAAUUAGCCAGGCCUGGUGGCGGGCGCCUGUAGUCCCAGCUACUCGGGAGGCUGAGGCAGGAGAAUGGCAUGAACCCGGGAGGCAGAGCUUGCAGUGAGCCGAGAUCGCGCCACUGCACUCCAGACUGGGCGAGAGCGAGACUCUGUCUCAAAAAAAAAAAAGAAAAGUAGUCAUACUUAGGAUAUAUUUUGGAAGUAGAGCUGACAACAUGGACCAAUUGAAUGUGGGCUAUAAAGAAAAGAGAGGAAUCAAGGAUGACUCCAAGGUCUGGAGCCUGUAUAACUUAGUGGUCUCUUACCGAAACUGGAAAUGCAUCAGGGCAGAAAAUCAGUGGUUCUCUUGGCCAUAUGAAGUUUGAAGCUUAUUCUAUAUUCAUGUAACAAAUAAUAAUUGGAGGCCAGGUGAGAGGGCUCACGCCUGUAAUUCCAAUACUUUGAAAAGCUGAGGCAAGAAGAUCACUUGAGCUUAGGAGUUUGCGACCAGCUUGGGUAACAUAGCAAGACCUUGUCUCUACUACAAAAAAAAAUUGGCUGGGCAUGGUGACUCACUCCUGCCUGGGUGGUGGAGACUCUGCUUUUAAAAUAAUAAUAAUAAUUGGGCACUUAGGAUGUUAUGAGGCAGUGUAUUAUGUGCUAAAGAUAGAGAGAUGCAAGAAAGGCAAAAUUCUUGUCCUCCGGGGGCUUAAAUUGUAGUAAGAAGACAGAUGUGAAAUAAAUAAAUAUAGCGUAAUAUCUUGUAAUGACAGGCAGUAUGAAAAAAAUACACAAAGGAGAAAAAGAAUGAUUGAGAAAGGGGAGAUCUCUUAGAAUAGUGUAGGAAGGACUCUUAGAAGAUACAACAUUUGGCCAGGUGCAGUGGCUCACGCCUGUAAUCCCAGCACUUUGGGAGGCCAAGGCAGGUGGAUCACGAGGUCAGGAGAUCGGAACUAUCCUGGCUAACACGGUGAAACCCCGUCUCUACUAAAAAUAGAAGAAAUUAGCCAGGCGUGGUGGCAGGCACCUGUAGUCCCAGCUACUCGGGAGGCUGAGGCUGGAGAAUGGCGUGAACCUGAGAGGCGGAGCUUGCAGUGAGCUGAGAUUGCGCCACUGCACUGCAUUCUGGGCGACAGAGCGAGACUCCAUCUCAAAAAAAAAAAAGAAGAUAAAACAUUUGAGCAGAUAGUCGAAGAAGGUGCCCAAGAGAAAAAAAGAUAAUUACCUAAGUGAAGUCUUAGAAGAAGGCAAAUGGCUUGAGACCUAGGCCACAGGUGGUGAGAUUAGCUUUAGUCAGGAACAGGAACUCAUUGUCCCUUAUCUUUAAGAGGAAUGUGGCUACAGGUGCAGGAAGGUUACUGGAAUUGGUAGUGGAAAGAUAAAUUAUUCUCCUCUGCUUUCAUCUAUUUUCGUGGUUAAGUGGGAGACAAUAUCAUCUAGCUGUAGGAGGGGUGGUUGAAAGUGGAGGGGAAAAGGCUGUUGGAGAUGCGAAAAUGAACUUAGUAAAGAAGCGUAUUAAUGAAUUACUUAUUUAUAAUUUUGAAGGGAUUAUAGACAGCGUGAUUGCACAAUUUUUCUCCAACAUUUAGUUGCUUGGGAGCAGGCACAAAAUAAGUACAGAAUUGGAUUGAGCCUUUACCAAAUGAGUUAUACAGAGGGAGUGGAUCAAGGGAGUUAAAAAUUAUUUACAAGAGAGGGAUUAAUGGUAGAUAGUGGAUUCUAAGAUGGGUAAGAAGGGAUUUAAAAAGAAUAGGGAGAGUUAGGCAUGGUGGUGCACACCUGUAGUCCCAGCUACUCUGGAGGCAGAGCUGGGAGGAUCACUUGCAUUUAGGAUUUAAGGCAGUCUAGGCAACAUAGUGAGAUCCUGUCUCUGAAAAGGCAGCCUUUAGCUGCCCCAAUACUAAGAAUCCAGUGUAUAUCCCUACUUGUCACUUGCUUUACCUCACUUGGUCAAGAUUUUAUUUCUCCUGACUCUCUUUUGAGAGGUUCACAGUCAAAACUUUAUUUUUUGCUUUCUAGAGCAACCUUGUGGAUUAUCUCAGUUUUUUUUUUUUUUGGAGACAGUCUUGCUCUGUCAGCCAGGCUGGAGUAUAGUGGCACAAUCUCGGCUCACUGCAACCUCCGUCUCCCAGGCUCAAGCAAUUCUCCUGCUUCAGCCUCCCGAGUAGCUGGGAUUACAGGCAUGUGCCACCACUUCCAGCUAAUUUUUGUAUUUUUAGUAGAGACGGGGUUUCACCAUGUUUGCCAGGCUGGUCUUGAACUCCUGACCUCAGGUAAUCCACUCGCCUCAGCCUCCCAGGGUGCUGGGAUUGCAGGUGUGAGUCACUAUGCCUGGCCAAGUUUUGUUUUUUGAGGAUGGAAAGCAAGGAGACACGAUAUUUUGUAUAGGAACUCUGAGGAAAAGAAUAAUGAGGUUUCAAAGAGCAUGUGGAGGAAGGCAUAGGGAUCUUUGGGCCCCUCCAGACAACCAGAUUGCCUUCCUAAAAUAUGGGUCUGCUCAUGCCCUUCCUUCUUGAAAGAAGUAAUUAUUGGUUUUCCUCUUAUCUGUAAGAUGAUGCUGGCCAGGCACAGUGGCUCAUGCCUGUAAUCCCAGCACUUUGGGAGGCCAAGGAAGGCGGAUCACUUGAGGUCAGGAGUUUGAGAACAGCUUGGCCAACAUGAUGAAACCCCAUCUCUACUAAAAAUACAAAAAUUAGCCAGGUGUGGUGGCAGGCGUGCGCCUAUAAUGCACACCUAUACUUCAGAGGCUGAGGCAGGAGAAUUGCUUGAACCCGGGAAGUGGAGGUUGCAGUGAGCUGAGAUCACACUAUUGCACUCCAGCCUGGGUGACAAGAGCGAAACUCUGCCUCAAAAAAAAAAAAAAAAAGUCGUGUAAACUGGCCAUCACCUGUUUUUUUUAUAUUCUGUUACUUCACUUUUAGCCAGUCUAAUCUAGGAGCACUUGUCUUUUAUUGAGCAUCACCUUCCUCUGCCAAUGCGUACAUGUUAAAGAGAAGGAGAAGAGAAGGAUUGAAUAAUGAAGCUGUUUAUAGAUACCAGAGGACUAAAAGGGAAACUAUUGUGAAGGCAUUGCUUAUUACUAACACUUUAUAUUUAAUUACCAUGUGCUUAUAUAUAAUAUUAAUAACAGAUUACUUUAGGCAUAUAUAAUUAUGACCCCAAAUAUGUAUAGUCUUCUUUCCGUUCAUGAACUUAAUUUUUCACCACUUUAAAAAUAUUGUAGGGGCCGGGCAUGGUGGCUCACACCUGUAAUCCCAGCACUUUGGGAGGCCGAAGUGGGCAGAUCACCUGAGGUCAGGAUUUUGAGACCAGCCUGGCCAACAUGGCAAAACCCCAUCUCUACGAAAAAUACAAAAGUUAACCAGGCAUGGUGGCAGGCACAUGCCUGUAAUCCCAGCUACUUGGGAGACUGAGGCAGGAGAAUUACUUGAACCCGGGAGGCGGAGGUUGCAGUGAGCCGAGAUCGCGCCAUUGCUGUCUAACCUGGGCAACAAGAGUAGAACUUAACCCCCCCAUCAAAAAAAAAAAAAAAAAAAUACACACACACACACACACACACACACACACAUAUAUAGGAGGGAGUAUUGUUAAGGGUUACAUUUUAAUGAAAUUUUGGUAUAUAAGUGGAAACUCAUUUUCUUUCUUUUUUUUUUUUUUUGAGACAGAGUCUUGCUCUGUCGCCCAGGCUGAAGUGCAGUGGCGCGAUCUCGGCUCACUGCAAGCUCCACCUCCCAGGUUCACACCAUUCUCCUGCCUCAGCCUGCUGAGUAGCUGGGACUACAGGUGCCCACCACCACGCCCGGCUAAUUUUUUGUAUUUUUAGUAGAGACGGGGUUUCACUGUGUUAGCCAGGAUGGUCUCGAUCUCCUGACCUCGUGAUCCACCCGCCUCAGCCUCCCAAAGUGCUGGGAUUACAGGCGCGAGCCACUGUGCCUGGCCCUCAUUUUCUGAAAUGGAAUCCAAAAUCAAAUUGCCAGUCCUUUUGUAUAUUAGAGUAUUAUAUCCAAUGAUCACCAUAAAUAAAACUCAAAACUUAGUAUCAGAAAAAUCUUUCAUACAAAUGUUUUUAACUUUAGGUAUAAACUAUUCUGAAAACUAUAAUACAGAAUUUCUAUUUUUGUGUAAUGUUUAAGAAUGAGUUUUUUAAAUUAUUUUUUUAAGUUAUAUAAUCCUUUUACAGUUUGGUAACAACAGAGAAUGGCUUCAGCUCUUGCAUACCUUUUCUCUUUACUCUGUGUUCUCAACCAAAUUUGUUGCCAGUUCCUGUCAUUUUUACAUAACAUACCUUAUAUUCUAGUUAUACAAAAUUUUCAAAUGAUCUCUUUCCCUCAAAAGGUUUUUUUGAAUACAUUCUUGGACAAAGUGGCAUGAGGGGGAAAAAAAUACAUGUAUACUCGGCUUGCUAUAUUAAUUACAUGUAUAUUAUAUACAUAUGUGAAUGGCAUAUAUAUUUUCAUGUGGCAUCUGUUGCAGUAGAAUUUGACAUAGACUGUAUUUGAUUAUUUAGCUGAAGAAACUUUUUGUCAAAACUGUUUCCUCCUUUUUCAAUCUAUUCCCAUUGCCCAUUGCCAUUUUUUGUCUUGAGUAAGAUUUAGUGAAAUAUUCACCAAUCUGUUGAUUGUUUUUG